AUGUGGGGCGACAGCAGCAUGAGUGUCUCCGAAAUGGCCCGGGAGGAGAAGUGUCUCUCCAGUGCAGCAAAUGAAAGAGAAAUGAAUCGGAGAAUUAUCAAAGGACCUGCAGCAGUGGAUGCCAUCAAGGAGAAAGUUAGAAAACAAAAACAAGAAGAAAGAAGCCUCCGACUCAACCAGGCGCAGUAA